UAAUCACAAAACAAGCAGUGAGGAAAAAACCCAGUGAGAGAUAUCAUCAAUUUGAAAAACAAAAGUGGCAACAAUGGCGGUCUCUCCGCAUAUUUCGCCUACCCUUUCCCGCUACAAAUUCUUCUCCACUUCCGUUGUUGAAAACCCUAAUUUCUCUCCUUAUCCUCCAAUCUAUAGUCGGCGGCGCAGAGUAACCAAAUCGCAUCUUCAGGCGCACAACAACAGUAGCACUACUUAUGGCCGGACGGAGCUCCCCUCCUCGAAGAAGCUAUGGAUUAGGCAACGAAGCUCCAGCGAAAUGGAGGUUGAGCAAGUACAAUUAGAAGAAGAAGAAUUGGAGAUCGACGAGGCCAGUCUCCUCUCCCUGAGCAUGAAACCGGACAGGAACAUGGCGUUGCUCGACGAUUACGAGAUGGAGGAGGAGCUUGGACACACACCUGAUACGACUCAUCGCAGUGGGUACGUUGCGGUGGUGGGGAUGCCUAACGUUGGGAAAAGCACGCUUUCGAAUCAAAUGAUUGGUCAGAAAAUUUCGAUUGUUACAGAUAAACCUCAAACCACGAGGCAUCGGAUUCUUGGUAUAUGCUCUAGCCCUCAAUAUCAGAUGAUACUCUUUGAUACCCCUGGUGUAAUCGAGAAGAAGAUGCACAGGUUAGAUACAAUGAUGAUGAAGAAUGUCAGAGAUGCUGCCAUCAAUGCUGAUUGUGUUGUAAUUCUUGUUGAUGCUUGUAAAACGCCUGCUAAAAUAGAAGAAGUUUUGAAAGAGGGUUUGGGAGACUUAGAAAAAAAGCCACCGAUGUUGCUUGUUAUGAAUAAGAAGGAUCUGAUCAAACCUGGUGAGAUUGCCAAGAAACUGGAGUGGUAUGAAAAAUUUACAGAUGUUGAUGAAGUUAUACCUGUAAGUGCCAAGUAUGGACACGGAAUAGAGGAUGUAAAAGAGUGGAUUUUAUCCAAACUUCCCUUUGGGCCACCUUAUUAUCCAAAGGAUAUUGUGAGCGAGCACCCAGAGAGAUUCUUUGUCUCUGAGAUUGUUAGAGAGAAGAUAUUUAUGCAAUACCGAAAUGAAGUUCCUUAUGCUUGUCAGGUUAACGUGCUGAGUUACAAAACUAGACCAUCUGCGAAAGACUUUAUUCAAGUGGAAGUGGUUGUGGAUAAAAAUUCUCAGAAGAUCAUCCUUAUAGGAAAAGAAGGGAAGGCUUUGAAAACACUAGCGACAGCUGCUCGGCUCGACAUUGAAGAUUUCCUUCAGAAGAAAGUCUUCCUUGAGGUGGAAGUGAAAGUGAAAGAGAACUGGAGACAAGACGAGGGGCUUCUCAAGUACUACGGCUAUGGAGGACAGAUCCGAGCUAUGUAGUACAGUAUAUUAAUACAGUAUGUAUGUAGUGUGGUGGUCUUCAAAUGGGCCUAGAAGAAGAUAGAUGGGAAAGUGCGAAUGAGUCGGCGGCUCAGGUUAGCGUUUACCCACUCUUUUUUUUUUGUUUGCAUUUAACCGAUACCACUACUCAGCUUAGCUUUUUGUUUUUAUCCUCAAUCCAGCGAUUCCUUUGGAAAUUUGAACUCUUUCUUCUUUUAAGAGUUUGUUCAACUAACGUUCCAUUGAAUAUAUCUAAUUUUCAUGA